AUGGAAGGGACGAUGCCGAGUCAGCCUAUCGAGAACGGCGUGGUAAUGGACAGAGUUGAGCGACCAUGCAAGGAGUGCGCAUCACUCAAUCUCAACAUUGAGAAGUUCGUGAUCGAAGACGACAAGUCAGCAGAGAUUCGCCCGUCACUAGAUUCGUUGCGACUAGCCAACGAACGAUUUCGACUCGGAACUCUUGACAGCAUCACUGAGAGAGCAGAAACUUGCCCUCUCUGCCGUCUCGUAAUCAACUCAAUCGCAAAGGACGUCUUGAAGAAUGUCGAUGCUACUAAGGCAGUCUGCCAUCUGACGUGGGAGAUGGACGGCCGGUUGUCUGUCGACCCCAGACGCGCCUUGGGGGAGAAGCGAACCCGACGGUUGAGGGUGACAUGGAGCGAUGCGUCGCUCAAAGCCUUCGAAUCCUACCUGGUGUUAGCCGCACCAUUGAAGUACGCAAACUCCGAUCUGGACUAUCCCAAGCAGUUGAAUCGAGAGACGCAGUUUCUUGGCCGCCGCUUCGGCGCGACGGAAAACAAGAAGAACCUGAUCCGCGAGUUCUUGAGGCUCUGCGAAACAAAUCACGACAAGCGCUGUACCCGAAAGAUUGGUAUCGAGAGCCCUUUUCUUGAGACGUUGAUGGAUCCGUACUUCGGCGUCAUCGACAUCGAGAACGACCGUCUGGUUCCGCUACCCUUUGAGGAGACAGAGGAGCAUCUCCAAUUUCAGCCAUAUGCUGCUGUCAGCUAUGUUUGGGGAGAUACUGGUGCGAUGGAUUACCGUACCAAGAUUGGAAACAUCCAGGGUCGACGAAAGUAUGGUGGUCUGGCUGCUACCAUCCGCAAUCUCCCAAAAGCACUUUUCCAGAGUAUUAAACUGGUGCAUAGCCUGGGUAUUAGAUAUGUCUGGAUUGAUGCGCUGUGUAUAGUGCAAGAUAGCAGCCACUCUUGGAACCUUAACUCGCGGGCUAUGCAUCUCAUAUACGGCAAUGCGACACUGACCAUCUGCGCUGCGGACGGCGAAUCGCAGACUGGUUUGCUAGCUCUUAACGAAGAUCAAAGGCCUCAGCAGCGGAUUGGGGUUUAUGCGGAUGGCGUACAUUUGAUGCUGCACCAGCCACCGGAGAUUAGCAUCCAGACGUCCAAGUGGAACAAACGCGCUUGGACGUUCCAGGAACGAUUGCUUUCCAAACGUUGCUUGAUAUUUACCCGAGGUCAAAUUUACUUUCAGUGUCGCUCUACUGGUAUGUCGGAAGAUGUCUUCGCAGACGGAAAGGGCAGAGGCUGGUCGCUAGAUCUGGUACAAGCGCCUCUCCAAAUGCUCACGGAGCUCAAGAAACGUAGCAUGUGGUUCUAUGCCCACUGUGUACAUCUGUACACAUUGAGGGAGCUUCACGAACCGCUAGAUAUCCUGGCAGCAUUCAGUGGCAUGUGUAAGCUGAUGGAGGGCACCAUGCGAGCGCCCUUUGCUUUCGGUCUUCCAACGUCACACUUUGACUUUGCUCUUUUGUGGGAGCCAGUUGACUUGCUGGAACCUCUGGACUACAACAAGGUCUCGGAGAAACCUAAGUAUAAAGAUAUCAAGUUCCCCAGUUGGUCUUGGUGUGGGUGGAAGAGUGAUGGUAUCCAAUACAAACCGCAGAUGAUCGAUGGCUGUCUCACUGAUGUGCAUGCUUGGCUGUUGGACCACACGUGGAUUGAUUGGCACAUCAGAGACGGCCAUGGAACACUGCGUCGCCUUUGGGAUAGAGAAUGUGCCAUCACGGAUCGAAGUACUGACGAUAAGUGGAGAGGUUACAGCGCAUCAAUACGACCAGCGGAAGAGCCCGCUGUUCCUAUACCCAAUACGAGCGAGACUGAAAGCGACAAUGACUCAACGUCAUCCUCCAGCGCCGUCCACGGGCGUCGGCAUCGGCGAGUCGUUGGUCAUAGGCGACCUAUUCCACAUGCGUUUACCAGUACCGUUACGGAUCGGCAGAUGACUAACACCAUUGGCACUGGAGGUUUGAAGCGCAUGAGAAAGUCCACCGGUCAACUUCUGGAGAGAAUGGCCAACCGUGAAGCCCACGAUAGUUACGGUCGGCGCUUAACAGGAGGCCCACUAGAUGAAAUCCAGUUCAAAAGACGAUUAGACUUCGCUCUAACCUUACCCGAAGACCCCUAUCAUGUCAGAAUAACAGCAUCCAGUCAAUCCGCCGGUGAUCUCAAAGAGUUUCCAGACCAGUCCUUCUUACAAUUCUUCACUUGGCGGGCCUCUUUCCACAUAGUACGCUCAAGUGAGUCCAACGUCGAGUUAGACAACGUUGGAGCCGCGAGAGCUCGAUGCCACAUAACAGACCGACGGGGCGACAAAUGUGGGUCCGUUGUUGUCAACAAGACUUGGCUGGAGAAGUACGAAGCCACCGGCCAGACUAUGUUCGAAUUCAUUGCGAUCUCAGACGCAAAAUCAUUCAGCCAACAGGAGUUCCCGGUGUGGACAUAUUAUCUGCCAAAAGAGAGGGUCGAUUCCGAAUGGGAUUUAUACUUUGUGCUCUUGGUUGAGCCAUUUCCCGAGGAAGGAAUUCAUCGGCGUGUGGCUCUUGGCAAAAUCUUCAAAGCGGCGUUUACCCUGUCCGACGAUGAGUGGAAGGAGAUUAUCCUGGGAUAG